GCAAGCUCGCCUAUGGGUCAUCUCCAUCUCUCCGCUCACUCAUCGCUCGCCUCCAACCUCACCCAAACUCUUCUCUCUAUUGAACCAGACCCGGUUCGAGCAGAUGAUCGAAAAUGACGGAUGAUCAUGGGCCACUUACAGAGGGGUACGACAGAACUCCUCAGCAUUCGAGUCACCACAUACCAAAGAUAAUGAUGAUGGGUCUCCGAAGAUGCGGAAAGUCUUCGAUCUGCCAGGUUAUGUUUCACAACAUGCCACCGCUAGACACUCUUUACAUCGAAAGCACCAGCAGUCCAUCUACCACUGUAUUCAGCUCCUUCAUUGAUUUCGCGGUUGUCGAGCUUCCAGGGCAAACAAAUGCGGUAGAUCCCGGUAACGAGGAAUUGGAGCGUCUAUUUACCGAAAGUGGUGCUCUCAUCUAUGUUAUAGACAGCCAGGACGAGUAUAUCAACUCUCUCUCAAAUCUGCACUCAAUCAUCACUCGUGCGGUGGAAGUCAACCCAAAAAUCAACAUCGAGGUUUUUAUUCACAAGGUCGAUGGUCUCAGCGAAGACUUCCGACUCGACGCACAACGGGACAUAACUCAGCGGGUAACAGACGAGCUUCUGGAUGAUGGUCUUCUCAACGUUCCUCUCUCAUUUCAUCUCACCUCUAUAUUCGAUCACUCCGUCUACGAAGCAUUCUCUCGAGUAGUUCAGAAACAGAUUCCUCAGCUUGCAACGCUCGAAAAUCUACUCAACGUUGUCUGCCAGCACUCAGGUAUUGAAAAGGCUUUCCUGUUUGAUAUCAAGUCGAAGAUCUUCGUGGCAACAGACUCUAGCCCUAUGGAUGUGGCUACUUAUGAGAUCUGUACAGAUUUUAUAGACAUCACUGUCGACAUGGAUAGUCUAUAUACCAUCGACCACAGCCAGACACCUGCCUUAAAAGCUGCCGACACAGCUUUUGGUAACGAAUUGGACGGUACCGAUCCUACAUUCAAUAAGAGCAAACCCAUCGGAUCAACCACUCGUCUCAACAACGGCUUGAUUCUUUACUUGCAGCAGAUGGUUAAGGGACUUGCACUAGUGUGUUUGAUGAGGAAGGAGAGCAUGCCAAAAAUCGCUCUGGUGGAGUACAAUAUUGAAUUCUUCCGUAAUGCUUUGGAGCAAUUGCGCUUGUUGACUGUGUAGAUAGAAAAAUUAAUGUUACAUAUUGAACUAAAUUGCAAUUUCAACCAAAUAAAAUCA